GUCUUUCACUGUGUCUUUCACUUUCGCUUUUCCAUUUUUUUUUCGAGUUCUUCUUGAUAACAGAUGUUCUUGAUUGAAUACCUACCACGUAUGCGUAGUAGAUUCUACGUGUUUUUGUUAAUUUAGAUAACCCGGAUAUUUCCAAAAUACAAGUGUGUUAAAAGUUCCCAUGAUAUAAUGUAAUUAUUUUAUUUAAAAGUUAAACCUGACAAUAAAUUAACUGAAAAAAUGGGAAUGGAUAAACUAAGUUUAAAUGGGGAGGGAAAAUCAGAGUAUCUCUAUGCCCCUGAGAUACUCAAAAGGCUGGACUUUAACAAAAGCCCAGCGAUAUUCAAACCGAAGAUCAGUGCAGCACAGCCCGGUGAAGACUGGAUGGUUGUGAGGCCGCUGCAACGCUUAGAUUAUGAUAAAGGCUUCCUGCAGCUGCUGGGACAGCUUACUAGCGUUGGAAAUGUGUCAAGAAAACAGUUUGAUGACCGGUUUACUCAAAUGAAAGUAUCUGGAGGUUACUAUGUAACCGUCAUAGAAGAUACCCGCAUUUCCAAAAUUAUCGGCGCUGCUACGCUUACCAUUGAGCAAAAGUUCAUACACAACUGUUCUUAUCGUGGGCGGCUGGAAGAUGUGGUUGUUAACGAUACGUAUCGCGGGAAACAACUUGGAAAGCUGAUUGUGGUGACUGUAUCCCUGCUGGCGCAGGAGCUUGGCUGCUACAAGAUGUCUCUGGACUGCAAAGACAAGCUGAUAAAGUUCUACGAGACCCUCGGCUACAAGAUGGAGCCAGGCAACUCUAACGCCAUGAAUAUGAGAUUCGAUGAUCCAUCCUGACAAUUAGCCGCUGGGACGUCCGACCUGCGCUCCAAACUGUAAGUACGAUACAGCGGCCGAGCAGACUUCGCAGCAUUCGCCACGCCACGCCUCAUCGCCACCCCUCAGACGGCGCCAAGUGCGACUUUGAACCUUGUUACAUUGAAAAUAAACGUUACUGUUUUCUUAGGACCAUUAGGUUUUGUAAAGCGGGAGCUAUGCCUGAUACUUAGCCGAGGUUUGGAGUCUCUUAUGUUAAGAAGACAGGAGUAGAUUUACUAAACCGACCCGACCCGUCUAACUUAAUUACCGACUCGCGGAUGACUUAAUUCUCGAUUGCCCUUGAAGUAUUUCUUUCUGUUUCUAUGAAACCAAAGUAAAUACGAACGAGGAUUCCUGUCUACCUAGAGAGACAGACCGGUGUUUGAUGGGUCUGGAAGGUAACAUGAUCUUUAGAAACGACACUCGGUUAAAUAUCAGGCUUAAAAGAUACCGCGAGUACUCGUACUAUACAGAUUAAUUAAAGUUGUAAAAAUAUUCAACAUAAAAUGUGUUAUUUGAUAUUUGUUGCCUCAUAAAUAUUGUAUUUCUUCCUAGUUGUUGUGAUUUCUGCUUGGUUGGUAUGCUACAGUUGCAGGGUCAAUUUGCCUAUCCAUCAAAAAUGAGUGAUCAACUUUAUAUUAAUUUGACUGCCAUAUUUGAUGGGGUUGUAAAUUGAUUAUGGGUGUCCUAGCACAUAAUGUGUUGAUUAGAUGAUAGUUUAUUUUUGUAUUGCUAAUAACAUUUUUUUGUUGCUUGAUUUGUUUAUUUUGUAUAUGUGAUUAAUUUUGUCAUUGAACUAACAUAUUUUUUUACAUUUCAUUGCCGCAUUAAAACAUGUAUUUGCUUA